CAAGUAGUCUGCGAUGGUGUGUGAUAGAAAAAUUCCAAAAAUAAAAUUGAGCAGCCGACGGCGAUAUAGUGAAUGAAAGCAAAGUGUUUCUAAUUGAGUAAUUUCUAUCGAACUAAUUGACUAAACCAAAACGCGUACCGGACCCGGUUAAGCAUCGGCAAGACCCACGAAUUUUCCUGAGCUGUCGUCUUGCCAGAGGCAAAAAGACAGAGAGAGGAGAGACGAGAGCUCGUCGAACCAGAUCUCUUUCUCUUUCUUCUCUCUAAUUUUGAUUUUUUUGAAUUUUCUUCUGCAAAGCAAAAUCGCAGAAGUCGUCGUGUGUCCGCGUUGCAUCGAACCACUUGUUCGAUUCUCUUUCGUCAUCCUCUCUUAUAUCAUCAGCAACAACAACCCUUGUUUCAAAUUUCUUCAUUUCCGCCGGAUUUAUAAUCGCAGAUUGAUUCUGAUCGAUAGAGAUAGGGUUAUUCAAGGAGAGACCUCGAUUGACUUCAAUUGUCUUCCUGAUUCGAUAGAUAAGAUUUAGGGUUAGCUUGACGUUGACGUUGAUAUAGGGGAAUGGAGACGGACAAUGGGAAGGGGUUGAUACUAGCUGUAGCGUCAAGUGUUUUCAUUGGUUCCAGCUUCAUUCUUAAGAAGAAAGGUCUUAAGCGAGCUGGUGCUAUUGGCACCCGAGCAGGAUAUGGAGGCUAUACUUAUUUAUUAGAGCCGCUUUGGUGGGCAGGGAUGGUUACUAUGAUUGUUGGAGAAGCUGCAAACUUUGUGGCUUACAUUUAUGCACCAGCUGUACUCGUUACUCCUCUCGGUGCAUUAAGUAUAAUCAUCAGUGCUGUUUUGGCACAUUUCUUAUUGAAGGAAAAACUUAAGAAAAUGGGGGUUCUCGGAUGUGUGUCUUGCAUUGUUGGGUCUGUUGUUAUUGUUAUACACGCACCUAAGGAACAGACUCCUAAUUCCGUUGAGGAAAUAUGGAAUCUGGCUACUCAGCCAGCUUUUCUAAUCUACGUAGCCAUAACCAUGUCGAUUGUCCUUGCUUUAAUUCUGCAUUUUGAACCCCUGUGCGGCCAAACAAACAUUCUGGUUUAUAUUGGAAUCUGUUCGUUAAUGGGUGCUCUCACUGUUAUGAGCAUAAAAGCUAUUGGAAUUGCGAUAAAAUUAACAAUGGAGGGAGUAAGCCAGAUCGGGUAUCCACAGACAUGGCUUUUUGUCAUGGUUGCAGUAACUUGUGUCGUUACACAAUUGAUUUACCUAAAUAAGGCUUUGGACACAUUCAACGCAGCCAUUGUUUCUCCAGUAUACUAUGUAAUGUUCACAACCCUCACAAUUGUUGCUAGUGCAAUAAUGUUCAAGGACUGGUCUGGGCAAGACGCAGCCAGCGUAGCCUCUGAGUUAUGUGGAUUCAUCACUGUGCUCACAGGGACAAUGAUACUCCAUGGCACAAGAGAAGAGGAACAACAACAAGCUUCUUCAGAACAUGUAAGAUGGUACGACUCGAGAAAGAGCAUGAACGAAGAACAUUUGGUAAGCCUGUACAGUCCUGAAUACUAGGAAGAAGAAGAUGCAAUAUCUCUAGGCUCUCAAUAGAUUGAAUGAAAUUUGCCAAAAACAAGCCUCAUGAGUCUUAAAACUGGAUCAAUCAACAAAUCUGCGGUCGGGUUCAUUUUUGUAUUGUUUUAUGGUCACUGUACAGACAAAAAAGUUUGUCUAGUUAAAAAAACUUCACAUUCUUUAGUUUUGAUCUUUGUGUCUCUCUUCUUAGUACAGUACAGGUCUUCUUCUUAUCUGGACUCUUUUGUCCAAAUUUACACUGUUAUAUAUUUAUAUAUGUAUCUACAUUUUUCUAGGAUGAAAUAUUCCUUCAUUGUAUCUCACUUGAAUGAAAUAAUAAGGUAAAAGUUUGAUCAGAAUUGAGAGAAAUAACAAGAA